AUGACCCUGGCUUUCUCGAAUGCUUGCGUGUUUGGCUACGUUGUUGAUGGCCACCCGGAAUUGACAUUCGUGGCCAUCGACGCUCGCAACUUGCUGACAUUCGGUCUGACGUACUUCGUCAACGACUGGCUGGCCAAGGACGGUGUGCUGGUAGUGUUCAAUGUGCUUGGCGGUAUCUUCGUGGCAGUCAACCUGUUGACCACCCCACUAUGA